AUGUCCCUCAAGCUGCCACGGAACUGGGAUUUCAACCUGAAAAUGGAUGCUGCAAAAAUAGCGCGCUCCAAGAGCGUGAUGACCGGCGAGCCCGCGGGCGCCCGCCCGGCCUCCCCCAGCCCUCUGGAGCGGCCCCUGAAGAUGGGCUGGCUGAAAAAGCAGCGCUCCAUCGUCAAGAACUGGCAGCAGCGGUACUUCGUGCUCAAGGGCCAGCAGCUUUACUACUACAAGGACGAGGACGAUGCCAAACCACAGGGCUGCCUGACUCUCCAGGGAAGCACCAUCAAGGAGGUGGCCAGCAACCCAGAGGAAGGAGGGAAAUUCAUCUUCGAAAUCAUCCCAGGUGAGGAUCAGAACUGGACAGGGCAGGACACCUGUGUGCUCAUGGCUAAUUCCCAGUCUGAGAUGGAGGAAUGGAUUAAAUCCAUCCGACGAGUGCUGGGCUCAACAUCAGGAGUGGUGUUCGGCCAGCGCCUGGCAGAGACUAUGGCCUAUGAGCAGAAAUUUGGGCAGCACCAGGUCCCCAUCCUGGUGCAGAAGUGUGCUGAGUUCAUCCGGGAGCACGGCGUGAGCGAGGAGGGCAUCUUCCGCCUCCCCGGCCAGGACAACUUGGUGAAACAGCUCAGGGAUGCGUUCGAUGCUGGGGAAAGGCCAUCAUUUGACCGGGAUACGGAUGUGCACACCGUGGCCUCUCUGUUCAAACUCUACCUGCGGGAGCUCCCUGAGCCGGUUGUGCCCUGGAUGCAGUACGAGGAUUUCUUGCUGUGCGGUCAGGCGCUGGAUGCGGAUGAAAGGAAGGGCCACCAGGACCUCCUGAAGCAACUGUCCCUCCUUCCCAGAGACAACUACAACCUCCUCAGCUACAUCUGCAGGUUUCUACACGAAAUACAGUUGAACGCUGGUGUCAACAAGAUGAGCGUGGAUAACCUGGCAACAGUGAUUGGAGUCAACCUCAUCAAGCCCAAGAUAGAGGAUCCUGCAAUUAUUAUGAGAGGGACGCCACAGAUCCAGAAGGUGAUGACUGUGAUGAUAAGUGACCACGCAGACCUCUUUCCCCCAUCCAAGGAUGUGCCGCCCUCCCCACCUGCCCACAAAAAUGACAAGAAAGCCCCCAUCCCGCGCAGCUCCGUGGGCUGGGACUCUGCUGAGGACCCUGCGGCACCCGGGGCGGUAAGGCCAGAUCCUCAGAGAAAUAAUCAAACAGGAGACCCGAGUUCCAGCAGUGCCUGUGGACGAGCUCUGAGUGAAGAUAACGACUCCAAAGAUACCCUGGGAAUGUGGAAAACGCAGUCAAGGAAAAGGACUCAGACUUUACCUAACAGGAAAUCUUUCCUGACAGCUGCUCCUCCGGCCGAGAAAGGCAGCAAUGACAAAAGUGACAUAUUUGCCAGUGACUUUUGGAAAAGCUCCCCUGGGAGCAGUGCACGCUCUGCGGUCACCGACGGACAUAAAAGAACGUUGUCUCAUGAUCUUUUUAAGCUGCUCGACCUUCACCGGGCUUCAACCUACGACAACGUUCCUACCUCGCAGGCGGAAAGUGGGGAAGGCAGCGGCUCCAGCCCCAGCCCCUCGAGCAGCGUCUCUGAGAAGGAAUUUCUCCCCUGCUACAGUCCCAGCCAUCAGCCAACGGAAGGAGCCAGUCCCACCACCAGCCCUGCCGAGGUCUCCAAACCCAAUCGGGAGAGCAGGGAGUUCCUGCAAAACAUGAUCAUGAAGCUGAAAAAAGAAAUGGAAAUACAGAAAAAUGACUACGAGGAACAAAUUAAAAGUCUUGAGAAGGAGAACUACGAAGUCUGGGCCAAAGUGGUGAGGCUGAACCAGGACAUCGAGAGGGAGAAGAAGAAGUCUGAGGAACUGCAGCUGAAGCUGAUGAAUGUGGAGCGCUCACGGGAGGAAAUGGAGAAGAAAAACAAGAUGCUUGAGGAGGAGAUUAAGAACUUAGCUAAAUCCAUGAGCAAAACCAACUAG